AACCAAGUAUAUAAUUUCGUUUCAUUUCGGAAAUCAGAGAAAAAGAGAGAGAGGAAGGUUUCGAAAGCGGAAGAUGAACAGCGAAAGUAGUGAAUUGGUUGGGCUUUGCAUAGACGCGGCUUGUGAGAACAAAGAAAGCGUGGAGAAAUGGCGGCGUCAGAAGCGCACUCUCGAUCGCUUGCCUUAUCAUCUCGCCGAUGCUCUCCUCCGCCGCCUCAUCUCCCGCCGUCUCCUCUUCCCCUCCCUCCUCGAGGUUUUCAAACAUAGUGCCGAAGAGGUUGAUGUGAGAGGCGAUAACUCUGUGGAUGCGGAGUGGAUGGCAUAUUUGGGAGCAUUUCGCAACUUGCGUUACUUGAACCUUGCCGAUUGUCAUCGAAUCACCACUUCAGCUCUUUGGCCUAUUACAGGAAUGACUAGUCUUAAGGAGUUGGAUCUCUCAAGAUGCUCCAAGGUUAAUGAUGCUGGAAUUAACCAUAUUCUUUCCGUUCCAAAUUUGGAAAAGUUACACAUUUCAGAAACAAGCGUCACUGCCAAAGGAGUCAAGCUUCUACCCUCUCUUCAAAAUUUGUCUCUUCUCGACUUGGGCGGUUUACCCGUGGAUGAUAUAUCAUUAACUUCAUUACAGGUACUGAAAAAGCUACAAUAUCUUGAUCUCUGGGGUAGUAAAAUAUCAAAUCAAGGUGCUGCUGUUCUCAAUAUGUUCCCAAAGUUAACCUAUCUAAAUCUUGCUUGGACCAAUGUCACAAAAUUGCCUAGUUUAUCAUCUCUUGAAUGUCUGAACAUGAGUAAUUGUACUAUUGAUUCUAUACUUGAAGAUGAUAAAGCUCCUUUGGCAAAGCUUAUUCUCUCUGGGGCUACGUUCCUGAAUGAAGCUGAAGCCAUGUUAUAUGCAAAUACAAAUUUCCUGUCCUUUCUGGAUGUAGCCAAUUCUGGCCUUUGCAGAUUCUUCUUCUUAAGUAGACUGAAAGUUAUAGAGCAUCUCAAUCUCAGCUCAUGCAUGAUGGGGGAUGAUUCUGUCGAGAUGGUUUUGUGCAUUGGUGGAAACUUGAAAACUUUGAAUCUAACUGGUACUAGGGUUAGCUCUGCUGGAUUAGGGAUUUUAGCCGGACAUGUUCCCAAUCUUGAAAUUCUGUCAUUAUCUCAGACACCAGUGGAUGACUCUGCCAUCUCAUUUAUCAGCAUGAUGCCUUCAUUAAAGGUUGUUGACCUGAGCAAUACAAACAUUAAAGGUUUUUUGCACCAGGAAAGGACUCAUCUGAACUCGCCGCACUCUCUAACGUCUUUACAAAAUCUUAAACAAUUAGAAAGGUUGAAUUUGGAGAAUACACAAGUUAGUGACGAAGCUUUAUACCCUUUAUCAAGCUUCCAAAAGCUGAGAUAUUUAUCUCUUAAAAAUGCUUCACUUGCAGACAUCUCACUUCACUAUUUAUCAUCAAUCCCUAAAUUGACAAAUCUUAGUAUUUGCGAUGCGGUGUUGACAAAUUAUGGGCUUGAUCUGUUUAAGGCUCCUGAAACUCUGAAACUGAUGGACCUCAGAGGCUGUUGGCUCUUGACUAAAGAUACUAUUUUGUCAUUCUGUAGAAACCAUCCACAAAUCGAAGUAAGGCAUGAACAUGUUACCGUCUUUCCUUUUGACCAAAACGGACUUAAUCAUUCUUCUCCGUCUCGAUUAACUUCAAGGACUAUGCAAGCGGCCGAGAAGAAAGAACAGAUGUCCGUUUCUCCAUAUUUUAUAGAUCAAAGACUGAGGUAUAGCAGAGAUGAGUUACUUGCAUUGCAACUUAUGUCUUUGCCUCUUGCAUCUAGUAGUGAGAGAGGCAAUUCAAUAGUCGAGAAACAAUAUGAUUGAAUGGAGCAAUCUCCUUCCAUAUAAAUUAUCUGCACUCAUGGCGUUGGGAAACGAGCACAUUAUAUGAACAGAGAUGGCCUCAACAAAAAAAAUGUUGCGACUGGGCUGCAUGAGGUGAGAGCUGAAUUAUGUUUCUGAUAGAGAAACCAAAUGUGAUGAUGAGCCUUGCUGUCAUCAGGGUGAUCUUGCUUGGAGGGAGGCAUUUUAGUUUGCAAGUCUUGAGUAUUUGAUAACAUUAGUGAGGAUUUGUAUUCCUUGCGAUAUUGUGAAGCAUGAACAAUUUUUAAGGGGUCGAGUUCGUGUUUGACGUGUCAGAAAUUGUCUCAAGUAUGUGACAUCUUAAAUUGGUAGGCGCAUCAAAUUUUGUUGUGUUUGUGCCCUUUCUUUCUAGGUAGGGUAUUCGAACAAGAGAAAAUAUUGUGAGGGGAUAGCCAGAGCGAGAAGGAAUACUGGAAGAGGAAUAGAGAGAAACCGAAUCCUGUGUUUUAUUAGAGGCAUUAACUUUUUAUGAUAAA